AUGUCGACUGGGUACAUAGAUCACGGGAAAUGUGUGGAUGUCGGCUCUGGGUACAUAGAUCACGGGAAAUGUGUGGAUGUCGGCUGUGGGUACAGAGACCCCGGGAAAUGUGUAGAUGUUGACUGUGGGUACAUAGACCACGGAAAUUGGGUAGGUGUCGACUGUGGGAACAGAGCCCCCGGGAAAUGUGUAGAUGUUGACAGAGACUACGGGAAAUGUGUAGAUGUUCACUGUGGGUACAUAGACAAUGGGACAUGUGUAGAUGUUCACAGUGGGUACAAAGACCACGGGAAAUGUGUAGAUGUCGACUGUGGGAACAGAGACUCCGGGAAAUGUGUAGAUGUCGACCGUGGGUUCAGAGACUACGGGAAAUGUGCGGAUGUGGACUGUGGGGUCAAAGACCACGGGACAUGUGUGGAUAUUCACUGUGGGUACAGAGACCCCGGGAAAUGUGUAGAUCUCGACUGUGGGCACAGAGACCACGGGAAAUGUGUGAAUGUCGUCUGUGGGUACAGAGACCCCGGGAAAUGUGUAGAUGUCGACUGUGGGUUCAGAGACUACGGGAAAUGUGCAGAUGUGGACUGUGGGUUCAAAGACCACGGGACAUGUGUGGAUAUUCACUGUGGGUACAGAGACCCCGGGAAACGUUAA